AGAUGAAAGGAGGAAACAUUCACUCUCAAGCAACACCUGAGCACCGCGCCGGGCAGAAAUGGCUCCAGGGUCAUGGUUUUCUCCUCUCUUCAUUGCUGUGAUCGCCCUGGGACUGCAGUGGCCACAGGAAGCUGCCACCUUCCCGGCCAUGCCCCUUUCCAACCUGUUUGCCAACGCCGUGCUGAGGGCUCAGCACCUUCACCUCCUGGCUGCCGAGACAUACAAGGAGUUCGAACGCACUUAUAUUCCAGAGGACCAGAGACACGCCAACAAAAAUUCUCAGGCAGCAUUUUGUUACUCAGAAACCAUCCCGGCUCCCACAGGGAAAGACGAUGCCCAGCAGAAAUCGGAUAUGGAGCUUCUUCGGUUUUCACUGGUUCUCAUCCAGUCCUGGUUGACCCCGGUGCAAUACCUAAGCAAGGUGUUCACAAACAAUCUGGUUUUCGGCACCUCAGAUAGAGUGUAUGAAAAACUAAAGGACCUGGAAGAAGGGAUCCAAGCUCUGAUGAGGGAGCUGGAGGACCGGAGCCCGCGGGGACCCCAGAUCCUCAAACCCACCUACGAUAAAUUCGACAUCCACCUGCGCAACGAGGAUGCCCUGAUGAAGAACUACGGCUUGCUCUCCUGCUUCAAGAAGGACCUGCACAAGGUGGAGACCUACUUGAAGGUGAUGAAGUGCCGGCGCUACGGCGAGGGAAACUGCACCGUUUGACGCCGGGGAUAGUUCCCCAACCGCCCGGGCCCCUCGCUGGCCACGACUGCCCCACUCCUUUGUCAAGAAAAUAGGAGAAUAAACCUGCAACCCA